GAGCUCACGCCCUCUAAGAGGCGUGGCCGGAGGCGUGGCCUGCGGCGCGCGGGAAGCUGCGGGCGGUGGAGGCUCCGAGUUUACCGAGUCUCUGCAGCAAAGUCCCUUUGCCUUGCGGAGACGCUAGAGGAUGAAAGUGAUCACGUGUGAAAUCGCCUGGCACAACAAGGAGCCAGUGUACAGCCUGGAUUUCCAGCAUGGGGCAGCCUGGAAGAUCCACAGACUGGCAUCCGCGGGGGUGGACACCGCUGUCAGGAUCUGGAAGGUAGAGAAGGGGCCAGAUGGGAAAGCCAUUGUGGAAUUCCUCUCCAAUCUUGCUCGGCACACCAAAGCUGUCAAUGUUGUACGCUUUUCUCCAACUGGGGAAAUUUUAGCAUCUGGAGGAGACGAUGCCGCCAUUCUGCUGUGGAAGAUGAAUGACAGCAAGGAACCAGAGCAGACCGCCUUCCAGGAUGAAGACGAGGCUCAGCUAAACAAGGAGAACUGGACUGUGGUAAAGACUUUGAGGGGCCACUUAGAAGAUGUGUAUGAUAUUUGCUGGGCAACGGAUGGGAAUUUGAUGGCCUCUGCUUCUGUGGAUAACACUGUUAUCAUAUGGGAUGUCAAUAAAGGACAGAAGAUUUCCAUUUUCAACGAGCAUAAAAGUUAUGUGCAAGGAGUGACCUGGGAUCCUUUGGGCCAAUAUAUUGCCACCCUGAGUUGUGACAGGGUGCUGAGGGUCUAUAGCACCCAGAAGAAGCGUGUGGCUUUCAACAUUUCAAAGAUGCUCUCUGGACAAGUGCCUGAAGGAGAGGCAAGAAGUUUCCGGAUGUUUCAUGACGACAGCAUGAAGUCGUUCUUCCGGAGACUCACCUUUACUCCAGACGGCUCUUUGCUCCUCACUCCAGCCGGAUGUAUGGAGUCUGGUGAGAAUGUGACAAACACCACUUACGUGUUCUCCAGAAAACAUCUGAAAAGGCCAAUUGCCCACCUUCCGUGCCCUGGGAAAGCCACUCUAGCUGUCCGCUGCUGUCCUGUCUACUUUGAAUUGAGGCCGGUGGCGCAAGCAGAGACAGCGUCAGAGGAGCCCAGUCCCGAGCUGGUGAGCCUGCCCUACCGGAUGGUGUUUGCCGUGGCCUCCGAGGACUCAGUACUGCUGUAUGACACGCAGCAGUCUUUCCCAUUUGGCUAUGUGUCUAACAUCCAUUACCACACCCUGAGUGACAUUUCCUGGUCCAGCGACGGGGCCUUCUUGGCCGUUUCCUCCACGGAUGGCUAUUGCUCAUUUGUGACCUUUGAGAAAGGUGAACUUGGCAUACCUUUGAAAGAGAAGCCAGUUUUGAGCGUAAGAACUCCUGACACAGCAAAGAAAGCCAAGAAACAGACACACCAGGGAUCUUCGCCCGGAUCCAGAUCAGCCGAAGGAACCCCCAGCAACAGAAUCCAAGACGCCAGCAGCCCCUGUACCACCCCCUCACCAACCACACAGUCUCCAGCUCCGCCUGCCAUCAAGGACAGUCCCUCAGCUCUCCCGGCUGGCAAAAGCUCCCUGCCACGGCCUUCUGAGGAGAAGACCCUGCAGCCUGCUAGUCAAAACAUGAAAGCCUCCCAACCCCGCAGGGUCACGCUGAACACGCUGCAGACAUGGGGCAAGACAGCCCCCCGGAGAAUAAACUUAACGCCAUUGAGGGCAGACCCUGCGCCAAGUCCACUGCCCGGUAGCGGGCCUGCCCCCUCUGCAGACGAGGCCCAGCCAGAGCUGCCUGGAGAGCCCCAGGAGGAGCCUCCCGAACUGAAGAGACCCAGGCUUGAGGAACAAGAAGGAGAGGCCCAAAGCCCGAGCCCUGAGGAGGCUUCCAAGUCUGCCUGAUUCUGCUCUGGCCGGGCACCCGUGUGCAGCGGAGGCGAGGCCAGAGCGCGAAGGCUGGUGAUGGUGAUGGUGGCCAAAUAAACACUCAUGAACUGGUUCACAGAAAACGUGUGUGUGCUGACUUUUGCAGCAGCCUGCGCACCCUUCUUCAGUCGCCCCUUCCCACGGGUUCUCUGCGUGUUGUGCUAGGCAAAGGCCUCCUUUGAUGAGUUUCUGAGACUGGGAAACCUGAUCUGCACCUUAGCCACUUCACUUGACAGACUUUACACGCUUGGAUACUGCCCACCUUGGAGGAGGAGAGGGCCGGGAGAAAAGACAGGCCAUCUGUCCUACAAAUGAGACAUUCAAGUGGGAGCAUGCAGUGCUCCCAAUGGCCACUGGAGGGCACUCUGCCGACAGCUCUGCUCAGGGCUUGAUGGCUGCCUUGCUUGGCCAGUCAGUGUUUCAAUCGUUCAGGGAGUCAGGCACAGUUAGCACAUACUCCCAGAGGCUCCAGGGUAACCCGCAUUGGGAGCAUCGGUAAUUCCCUAACACAUGCAUAUGUAACUGCCCGAGGGGCUCCAGAGCGGUCAGCGAGGGCAAACACAGACCUGGGUAGGUGGUGGAGAGGAGGCAGCUGCCGCAGGCUCUGCUCCUGCCUGGCCAGGCGCGGGAGGGGGAAUUGUCCUGGAGCAGUUCCAAGUUUGCUUGCACCAGAAAACACCAAUCUGCUACAAAUGCCGAUGUAAAUUUUAAUAAAUUACAGCUUGUUCAGACCUGAA